GUGGUCCAUCCACCGUAGUUUGCACUAGAUGGACGGUCCAGAUCUGAUCUCCCCUCAUGCUAUAUGUGGGAGUCCCCAUACGACCUGGUGUACGGUCAAGAUAUUGCAAUUGAUCUUCUUUCUGGUUUUUUGUAGUGCGACGAUUUGCGUUUGGAGAGGCAGAAUUGCAAUGAAAUUCAGUGCAUUUUGCAAAAGAAAACUUCGGGCGAGUAGAGGCUUCGAAGCAACGAUUUCAAGAAACUCUGUCAGCUUAGAUCUUCGUGAAGAAUACGCCAAUGCAUUCCGUACUGAAUCUUACACCGAAUUUUGGACACGUGUCUUGAAUCUAACGGCUGCUGAUAUCGCCACGUGUAGCUCACUGGAAUCAACGGCUGCCGCGCGUCUAUCCUCUUAUCGCCUUUUUGCCGAGCACCUCCUCGACCCUGACCAACCCACAAUCACCAAAAUUUUAGCUUCGGCCCAGUCCCGAAACCGCCCGGAAAACCAUUCGCUCCUCUCCGACUACUUCUCCGAAACUGCCAACGCCUCCCUCCUUUGCGGCCUUCUCUUGAAAGACAUCGAGCAAACCCGCCUCCAAUACCGCCCCCUCAAAACCACCCUUCAAACCGCCCAAACCUCGCCGGGAAACUGCUCGCCAUCAUUCGUCGACCAGCUUUCCGACUUCUCCAAGACUCUAAACCCCUUUUGCUCGUCGGCUUCAUCCCCGCUCCGCUUCCAAACCGUCCAAGCCGUCUGCGCUGGUUUGCUCAAGCGGCUAGAGUCAAGCCGAGAGAAGGCUAGAGCCAAGCUCCGGCUUGUCAGCGGAUUAAAGCGCGGCUUGUCCAUUGUCGCAGUGGCGCUGACAGCUUCGGUAGCGAUCAUAGCUGUCUGUGUAGCGGCCCAGGCCUUUGUGGUGUUCAUAUCAGUGCCGACUUUGUUACCGGCUUCUUUUCGGCUGAGUUCGACUCGGCGGCUGGCUCAGGUGUCAGCUCAGCUCGAUGCUGCAGUUAAGGGGACGUACAUUUUAUGUCGGGAUCUCGACACGAUAAGCCGGCUCGUGGCUCGGCUACAUGAUGAGCUGGAGCAUGUUCGAACCAUGGUACGGUUUUGCUUGGAACGGCGCAAUGACUGGCUACAGCCGACUCAAGAAGUGGUGCGCGAGCUGAGGAAGAACAACUUGAGCUUCGUCGACCAACUCAACGAGUUGGAAGAACACCUGUACUUGUGUUUCAUGACCAUCAACCGAGCUAGAAACCUUGUAAUGAAGGAAGUUUUGGAGCUGAGCUGGGUCUAACUAGACUCGGCUCAACCCAUAUAUGCAUUUUUUUAUUAAUUAUUUUCAUUUAUUUAUUUCAUGAAAAUUGUUCAAUACAUGUUUUUAUUA